GCUGUUUGAUUCGUUUGCAGAUGUAAAUCAGGGGGCCAGAGUCUGGACCCGCUGAUUGGCCUUGCCGCUUGCGUGGCCAUUGUCCCGCUAACGGCGGUGUGACAGGUAGACAUAACAGCUGGUGCCCCUCAAACUGCCUCCUUUCUCUCUACUCUGCUCCGUUGUUUCUUGCUCUCUUCUCUCAUUUCUCUUCUCGUACACUACAAUUCAAAAUGGCUUCCCAGACCUGGUUUGACGGCCUUAAGAGGUCCUUCGCCGAUGUUCCCGUUGGCGCAGACAACUCCAUUUCUACCACCGAGUUCCUUGAAGCUGCCGAAUCCCUGACUACCUUGUUCGAUGUGCUCGGAUCUAAGGCUUUCUACCCCGUUAAGAGCGACCUCCUUGGAAAUGUCAAGAAACUCAAAGACCGGCAGCUGGCUGCCCCCGCCGAGUCUGAGACUGUCCAGUCUCUCUCUGUGAAUGAGCUGAAGACCAAGAAGCACAUUGCCUCUGAGGGUCUGCUCUGGCUUGUUAGGGGUCUUGACUUCACAGCCCAAUCCCUCCGCCGCCACGUCGACAACACCUCCGAGAAGCUCGCUGACUCCUUCCGUGGAGCCUACGGCGUUACCCUCAGUAAGCACCAUGGUUGGGCUAUAAAGCCGGUCUUUAACCUGGCCAUGGGUGCUGCCCCUGACAACGAGAGCUUCUACAAGUCCCUGGCCUCCAGCACCUCUGUCUCCGACGAGGUCAAGGCGAAGAUCCAAGAGCAGUUGGCCCGCGAGGUGAAAGCUCUGGAGAACAUCGUUUCCAUUCUUCAGAAGUUCCAGGAGCAGCCGGACGCCAAGUGGUAGAUCUAAAGAUGACCAUUGGCGUUGUUUCCGUUCAUUCAGAACCAUUUCUAGUGCAUAAUAUUUCAUCGCAUGAUGCUCUAAACAUGUAUAUAGGUGACUAUACAUACCUGAUUUCAGAAGCGAGCAGGACCUCUAUUCAGGACACAGUUGCUUUAUUAAAGAGCUCAUCAUAUUAUUCAAAGAUAUCAUACAAUACUACAUAUUAUGUUGCUGUGCUGGCUUGCCUUUGCCUUUCUUGAUCGCCAUUGUGACUUAGCGGAUUCAGACAGACGGCUUGUGUUUUGCUAUGACGCCAUGCAUAAGCCCUAGUAUUAGACACUGUAGUCCAAUUUAACACAGAACGACAUGCGAUGUCUGCUAUACUUUUCAAUUUGCAAGAAGUACCUGGAUACUGG